AGCAAGCCAAAUUUCACUGGUUGAUUGCACAGGCUGGUUUAAAAUUGAGGUGCGUUUCCGUCGGUUCCUAAUCCAUGAAAUCCGAAACUGGUAUUUGCAGUUGCCCGAUCCAUGUUGCUCCUCUCCAGCGCAACAGCGGGAGUGAGUUUCUCCUGUUUGCAGCCAGUGGUGCUAUUCCCGGUGUGUUUUCCGAGAAGAUGGCUGAUUAUGGGGACGAUACCGGAGCCCGGGCCUUGUUGGCACUUAAGUCUGCACCUUGCAGCCCGGUCCGAGGGGCUCCAUCCGUGUACUCUCUCUCCUCGAACUCGACCGGGAUCGUACCCGUACCACUUUCCUCUCCUCCGCGGGCCCUCGCUCGACUGGAAGGCAGGGACUUUGAAUUCGUCAUGCGGCAGAGGACGGUGACGGUAGGCCGAAACUCUUCGCAUGGUUCCGUGGAUGUCAACAUGGGCCACUCGAGCUUCAUCUCCCGGCGGCACCUGCAGAUCACUUUCGAAGAACCAUUUUUCUACCUUCGCUGUCUGGGGAAGAACGGUGUUUUUGUAGACGGCGUAUUCCAGAGGAGAGGUGCUCCUCCACUUCAACUGCCGAGAGAGUGCACGUUUCGGUUUCCCAGCACGGUCAUAAAGAUCCAGUUCACUGCGCUGUAUCACAAGGAGGAGGUGAAGGAGGAGGCUCCGCUGUCCCCAGUAAGACCUCUCUACCCUCAGAUCUCUCCUCUGAAAAUCAACAUUCCCGAUAAUGACUUCAGGAACAUGAUGAGUCCACUGCCCUCUCCCACAGGAACUAUCAGUGUUCCAAACUCCUGCCCGGCAAGUCCCCGUGGUGCAGGAUCCUCGGGGUAUCGCUUUGGACGGAACAUUACCUCAGACCUGCAGCUGGCGGCCGAGUUUGCGGCCAAGGCGGUGUCAGAGCAGCAGGCCGACGCGUCCGGAGGUGACAGCCCUAAGGACGAGUCGAAGCCCCCUUACUCAUACGCGCAGCUCAUUGUCCAGGCCAUCUCCUCAGCCCUGGACAGACAGCUCACCCUGAGCGGCAUCUAUGCCCACAUCACUAAGCACUACCCAUAUUACAGGACUGCUGACAAGGGCUGGCAGAACUCCAUCCGCCACAACCUGUCCCUGAACCGCUACUUCAUCAAAGUGCCGCGGUCCCAGGAGGAGCCGGGGAAAGGCUCCUUCUGGAGGAUUGACCCCUCCUCCGAGGCCAAGCUGGUGGAGCAGGCCUUCCGCAAGCGUCGGCAGAGGGGCGUGUCCUGCUUCCGCACACCCUUCGGGCCCCUGUCCUCCAGGAGUGCCCCGGCCUCUCCUACCCACCCAGGCCUUCUGUCCCCUCACUCGAGCGGCCUACAGACACCCGAGUGCCUGUCCCGAGAGGGCUCCCCCAUCCCCCACGACCACGACUUUGGCUCCAAGCUGGCCUCGGUGCCAGAGUACCGGUACACGCAGAGCGCCCCAGGCUCUCCGGUGAGUGCCCAGCCUGUCAUCAUGGCAGUGCCUCCCCAGCCCUCUGCCGUGGUGGCCAAGCCCCUGGCCUACAUGCCUGCCUCCCUCAUCACCUCCCAGCAGCCCCCUGGCCACGGCAUCCACAUGGUCCAGCAAGCGCCCACCGUGACCAUGGUCAGGGUGAUGACCACAUCAGCCAGCUCCGCCAAUGGAUACAUCCUGGCCCCCACCAAUGCAUCGGGAAACCUGCAGGGGGCAGGAGAGAGUGCACCAGAACAGAAAGCCAAUGCUGGAGAGGAGAAGCCAGCGGCGAGCUACGCGUCGCUCACCACCACCAGCCGGGUCAUCCAGGCGGUCGGCAGCCACGUCAGCCCCGGCGGCGGCGGCAGCCAGCAGACCUUCACCAUCGUACAGCAGGCGCCCCUCUCCUUGGGCCAGCACCAGCUGCCUGUCAGACCUGUCACUCAGAACGGCAAACACGCCCUCCCUGUCACCAGCAUCUCCGGCCCUGCCUAUGCUAUAACCAACCCACUUCAGAUCCUGGCUGCCCAGGCCUCCACCUCCACCCCAGUCGUGGUGAACAGGCCUCCCAGUGUGGAGGCUGAGCCGCUGGCCUCCACGCCAGGCGAGCCUGAGGCCAAGCGGCCUAAGAUGGAGGAUGGUAGCGUGGCUUCGGUCCCUCAGGCGGUCAUUGUAGCACCGACCCCACAGGCUCAGGACACCAGCGAUUAAAGAAGAGGGAAGAAAAGCACAGAGGAAGAUCUUUAGAACAUGUUCCGUAACAACAUAAUGCCGAGGUGCCAAACUUGGGGGAAAAAACGUCUCUUUAUCGGGUACCGAGACUACCGCAGAGGCAAGAGCAGUUCAAAUGCAGACAAUUGAUUGUAUAAUUUUGAGGAAAGAGAGAGUUUGACUGUGUUUAAAGCCGUAGUUUUGUGUGCUUAAAAUGCAUUAAUCCUUAAAAGCCUUAAAACAGAAGUGUUCCAACUGCUUUUUAUUUCACGGAGGAUUGAAUUUAAAUGUCACUGAUAAAUCAGAAAGGGAGAGGAACACACGGUUCAAUAGGUACCCUCAGAAGUAGUGCUUUAACAUGGGUCGGGGUGGGACCAAAAUACUACGCAGCUAUUUUUAUCUACAUGUGUUUUCUCUGAACUGAAGCAUUACAUAUUGGCAGGGGAAUCUGAAAUGUGUCUCCGCUUCCUAUACAACUAUUUUGAAUAGGAUUUAUUUAUCUCCCGUUUGUAUUGUCAGCUUUUGGCUUUGAUACACACUCUUUCUACAAAAAUCAAUUUGUUACAAAUAGAAACGACAAAAAAAAUACAUAACCAUAAAUAAGUGAACUGGGAUUGAAGCUGCUCUUUUCCCAAGUGGAAGCUAUUUAACAUGGUAGACAUAAAGUAUUUUACUAUUGCAGACCAUUAUCCUACUAUUAAAAGAUAGAGAUAUAUGUGUAUUUUAAAUGUCACAGUUUGUGAUUUGUAUAAUGUAUAGAGCAAAAUUAAAUUCACUCAUUGAAUGUACAAUGUUCUUCUAACGGUUCAUGAUUUCACAUCGCCCUUUCUUCAGUAUUCUCGGCACAGAAGAACAUAGAUUUUAAUAAGGGUAGUUUGUCAUUUUUACACGUUUCUAGUUUAAAGAUUGUUUGAAGGGCAGUACUGCAUGUUAAAUGUAAUGUGCAGAUCUCACUAGGCAGUCACCCAGACUUUUCUAGACAUGACAGUGUAGAGUGCACGUUUUUCCCUGUGAUCUGCUGAAUGGCGGCAGUUUUGCUGCGAACUGUCCUGUGAAUUGUAGGAAAACUCCACCCCUAGUAUUGUCAUAUCAAAUAAGUGAUGGGGGACGUGACCCAUCUGGUGAUUGCUUUGAAUGUGCUGACAUCAUAAGACAAAUUCAUUUACUCCGCCAUUGGCCACCUCAUCUGUGGGUGAGGGCCUUUGUCUUAUAGCAUGAUAUUUGAAUAUUUGAAAUGGAAUUAGAACUACUGCAGGAAAAAAAAAACAUGCUUGAUACCCAGUUCAGAUAGCCUAUAAGUGUAAGCUUAAAUGACAGUAUGAAAGCCUGGCAGCUUGAGCCUCUGAAGGGGGGAAUCCAUUUCAGCACAGAUCCGUUUUGCAGGAGUGGUUGUGUCCUGCUCUCGGAAUGAUUCAUGUAGUACCCUAAAAAUGGCUUACAUUUAUCUGCUCCUCACACCGUCAUAAGGUGCAAAUAAACAAAUCGGGCAUCAAAAGCUGUUUGGUUGGUAUGAAAUUGGAGUUUGCGGUGUGUAUGUCCAGGUGAAAUUGUCAGGGCAGUCACCAGUAGCUGAGUAGAAAAAAGUGGUUUUUAGCCAGUACCCUCAAGGGUUUCCCAGAUAUUCCAUUAAAGUAUUUUUGCAAGCUAGUGAUUGUCACUGAGUAGAGCAGAAACUGACACUGCUGUGAUUUUGAACAGGGAUGGAUGAAUGUGUUUAAUGAAGACUGAUUCUGCGAAAGAAAAUAAAGCAAAGCUUAGCAAACUAAGAUGAAAUAUAAUCAUUUUUUCCACAAAGUGCCUUAAUUCACUAUCUCAGUAAAAAAUAAAUGAAUGUAAUAAAUGCGUGUAAUUUAAUAGUACGUACAUUUAAGCAGUAUUUUAAAAUAAAUAUAUAUUGUUAAAUGCUUUCUUGACUAGAAGUUCCCCCGUUCAAUGAAUUAUCUUGGUUUUUAUCAAUUUAAAAAGCAUGCUGAUGGAUAGUUAUGUCACAACUGCAAUAUAUCUGUCCAUUACAAUCAGCAACAAAAAGGUUCAUUUUUGUUACACUGCAAAACAUCCAUCUACUGUAUCAUCUUCAAAAUCUUUCUAUUCAGGCUCAAGGUAAACUAUUUCACUGACACAACUGGAUGCCACUCAUCUUUUUAAAUUUUUCAAUCAUAGCAAAAGACAUGGCAUCAUUGUAAUGAGAGUUGUUAGUGUUUACGUCUAUCUGAAGUGCUAAAGCUAUUUCCCGUUCUCUAAUAGUUUAGUGAAAGCCUCAAGACCACCUCAGGUCAGCAGAAUUGAAUCCUGUCAUCACCAAGAAACUGAGUUAUUUUUAUUUCACUGAUAUUGGCUAUGCUGUGAACAAACCACUAAAUUUACUAAAUUUUACUAAAUUUACCCUUAAUGUAUGUAGACUUCGUAAGUCUAAGUGUCUUAGCCCAUUAAUUAAUAAACCUUUCAGUAAGUAAAACUACAGGCCUUACCAAAUUUUCUCUCAACCAAAAUAACAAGGAGAGGUAUGUCAAACCCACUGCUUUUUUCUCUCCUGUUUGUAAUUAGUUCAUAAGGAAAAAAAUGGAAGACUACAUUUUUUGCAAGAGAGGAUUUACAAACCAUUUUUGCAUGGUUUCUAAUUUUGGGGGUUAUAAUUUGGUGGCUGUCUUGCUGAGUACACAGGCUGAAUAUGAAUACACACGUUGCCCCUGGUUUUUGGCAAAUCUGUGGGUUUGUGGUCUCGCUGUGGACUCAGCUUUGUCGUUCGUCAUGUUUGCUCCAAAUCUUUUUGCAUUCUUUUGUUCCUUGCUAAUGCGGAAAUGGUUUUUGUUCACUUGAAGUCACUGUGCAUUCUUGCCUCAUUCCAGUGAGCAAGAUGUUUUGUUCGCCUUUGAGGAGUGUCUGUCCUGGCAGUGAUAUGGGAGGGGGGGGGGGGGGGGUCCCCUCCUCAAACAGCCAUCCAUCUAUUUCACAUUUGUCUUCAAGCCUGUCUUACCUCACAGUCAGAAUAUGUCAAUGUUUUGUUUAAGCCCUAAAACAAGCGAGUAGUGUAAAUAUUUUACUUAACAGAAACGAGGGGUAAACCUUGAGAAGAAGGUUGAGCUUCAUAGGUUUUGAUGGAGGAAAGUGAUUCGCAGCAAUUGCUUUCCGAAUUGAGCCUAAUGUCUCUUGUAGAUGUUUUUAAAUAAAUUUACGUCAAAAGGGCACAUAGGCAGAGCAGAGACAAUGCCGAUUAAAAUGCUUUAUUGAGUGCAUGCAGCACUGUUAAUUACUGAUGAACAAGAAGUGUUAAUGAUUGUAGAAGGCCUAAAAAUCUUUUCAAAGCCAAUUUCAUUCAUCCAAAGGAAUCCCAAUAGAGGUUCCCCUUUUGACAUCACCACAUGCACCUUUAAUUGGCCAGUGAGUAUGUUUCUCAGAUGUUUUUCUGUCUCUUCUAAGUUUCUUUCUUUUUUACUGUGUUGAAUGCGUGUUAAUUGAUAACGACAGCAAUUAAAUGGGGAGAAUUUGCUGACACCUCCUUUUUGUGACUAAGGAGUCAGUGUUCAGUUGAAUGCAUUGUGUGGUUAAACAUGUCAAUAUCUACAUCAGCAUGGAGACACUAGGGAAAUUUAGUAUUGUGAAUUUUGGCAUUUUGGGAUCAAUGUGCAUCUGCAGUAAAAAGUAUUUAUAAUUGGGGGGGAUCAGUUGAAACCAACUGCACUACUGUGGUGCAAUAUUGGAUACCAUUAUUGUUGAAAAUAUACAAUGAAAAAUUUUACCGCCUUUGCUGUUCUAACACACAAUUCUGAUAUGCCUCAGAGGUAACACGGUCUGCCCCAAAUGCCGCCCACUGAUUUUAGAUAGCUGGCUAUCCCCUUGAUAUGAUUCUGCUGGGGGGAGAGCCAUGACAAGUAUGAUUUGAUGUGCAGAUACAAGCAUAUAAUAAGGACAGUUGCUUUAACAGUUGUUUAUGAAGCAGACUACCCCAACUGAAGCUGAAAACUAUGGUUUAAUUAUGUGUUGGAAUUUAGUGAAUACAAGAUAAGCAAAAUAAAUCUUGGCAAAUUUCAACAUGCUUCAUUGGAGCUGUGAAACACAUUUUUUUUCAUUUUAUGUGCUGGAUAGAGGUUAACAUGAGUUAAGUUAACCUUGGACUUGAACAUGCAAUUUUUGGCUCCUGCUGUCUAUUUUUAAAGCAUUGACAGAGGUACAAACAAGAAAGCUUACUUCCGUCUAUGAUGCAUUAAGGUCUAGAUGUAAGGGUGUGUUAUUUUUGGGGGUGUACAUUUGCUAGCAAAACCACUAAUUUACAGUAACGAUAGUCUCUAGCAACUUGGUAACAAUGAUAUUUAUGAGAAGUUCUGUUCUCUUUUGAUUUAACUACUGAGAGCAACUUCGACAAAUCUCUUCACUCCCCUAAUUUUUCAGACAUUGCAUUAGUUUUCUAGAGUUGAAAAUACUGGCAAGUAACAUAGCUUCUUUGCUAGCAGUUAGACCAUGACUUUGUGGGUGUGGGUGAGGUGCAAUGAUAGAUAGCUAACCGGGUGCUAGUAAGCCUUAACUCUUUUGAUUUGCAAAUUUCCUUGUUGAGACAGCAACAUUUAACAGUCAAACUGUAAGAGCAGAAAACAUGCUAUUAUGUUGGCCCUUUGCAUGUCAAUUUUAGUGCUGUGAUUUUUUUUAUCUGCCUUCAAACUCUGUAAUCUAUGUGCAGAAGUGAUGUCCCUGUGACAUACCAUAGCAAUUUUCCUAAUGUGGUGGUAUGCUAGUUUUAAAUGUAUAUCAUAUUUGUAUUGAGAGAAUCUAGACUGUAACUGUGAUCUGACCGACCAUCUUGCUGGUAAACGAACAGGCCGUCUCGUAGGAGAGAGUAGUUCCGUUGUGGGGACUGAGUUUAGAAAAGGCGUUUUUGUAUGUGCUUGCUCCUUUUGACACUGCUGAGUGCAUAGAUGGCUUGCUUUUAGGAUUUAUCCAGUUUGUUCCCUCUGUAGGUAAAAAUCAAGAUACCAUGCCAAAAAUCAGAAGCCUUUCCCCCUCUAUCUUUAAGAACUCACUGUCAUGCCCCUCUAGAGUUAAAGUGACACUUACUUGGGAAAUCUCUAUAGGGUAGAAUUAAAUAACUGGAAUGUCCUAUUUGGAUUGAAAGAAUCUUAUUUUAAACAUCAACUAAUCUCCAACAUUCUAGCUGAAUCUCAUUAUUCAACAGUAAUACUGAUUUGUAUUGGAUGUGGUCACGUGUUUGAAUAUAUCCCCUUCUUAGUAACAUACUCGUGAGGUCAUGAAUUAACACUAAGCCUCUGAUUCAUAGUGAGAUUAUGGGCCUUGAGCAUCUUAUAUCCAUAUAAUGCACCUGCUUCUCAGACAUGAGCUUGGUUCUACACUAAGUAUGGAGUAUGUUUCCAUUUGAUUUACUACCUGUCUCUGUCAUUGUUUCAAAUCUAAGGAUUUUUUUCACAUAUGUAUCAAUUCAAAAAAUGUCUUUUUAACCAGCUUCUCUCUAAAUGUAUAGUUGAAUUGUCACUUUUUUGCAGUAGCCAAACAAUUUUAUUUGAUACUUACUGUGUCCCAUAUUCUCUAAUCCCUCACCACAGACAUAGUGCUCAUUGCUCAUCUCUCUCUAAUUGUUUUUUUUUUCUGUUUAGUUAGUACCAAGAGCUUUCUCAGUUGACUGAAAUGUGCAGUCUUAUGUUCUGUUGCCUUGUAGUUAUAGAAAAAUAAUUUGAACUCUACAAGUCUAAUAAAGCUUAAGAGGAAGAGUGUUGAGUAGAGAGCUUUUGCAGAUGUAUACCCCAGUGGUUUAUAUGUCAUAAUGUUCAUGUAGUCUGACUGGAACAUUGCAUCCAUAAACAGAAAGGCACUUGUUCAUUUGCAGAACCUGGUCCUCUGUCAUCUUGAUUGUGUAUUUCCUGUUAUGCUCCUGUUCUGAGGCACCCCUUAAACAUGCUGUGGUCCUUUCAACGUGAAAAGUGGACUGGAGAAGCAUUGCUGUACUAGAUAUGGGUCACUUCUGUCUGAUGUCAAAUGCAUGUGUUCCUCCCUAAGGUGCCGAAAUGCCUCCAUGUUCACUCACACUUUGUCUUCUUUGCCAGAGUGCAGAUACAAUCAUCUCUUCAAAGUAAUAAUUGCUUCAAAUACUAGAUGUUAACCAGAUGUAGAUGGGAUUUUUUUUUUUUAUCAAAUGCUGAAAAAAAUUAGGAACUGUGAAUUCUUAGUCUUCUAAUGAUAAGUUGGGCUGCCUCUCUGUAAAGCCAAACCAGCAACUGAUCAUUUAAAUAUUUUCUUUCAGCCACAGUCCUGUAAAAUCAUGAUAGCAACCCACAAGCUUGGUAAUCAGAAUUUAUAAUUCUGUAGUUGUUAUUUGCAUGGAGUUAAAAUUGUGCCACAGUGCAUUACGGGUUGGACCAUAUGUAUUGGUGAUGUCCUUAUAAGUGACCCAUUGAAAACCACUGGUUUGCAAUGCACAUUUCAUGAAUAAGUUGCAUUUGUUGUAAACAUACAUACCAAAACAACCACAGGAGCCCAUUUCUUUUCAGGUUGUAUACAAGAAGUGAUAAAAUUGGGAUUAUGGAAUAUUUGCUCAAGAAGAUUUCUUUGUGUCAGAUACUUAUAUGAAAGGAACUUCUUUGGCAAUGAAUAAACUCAUACACAAU